AUGUUUCGCAAUCAGUACGACACGGAUGUCACCACGUGGAGCCCCGUCGGCCGCCUGCACCAGGUGAUCCGCCCCUCUCUCCGCCUCUCGCCCCGCCGAUCCGCCUCUCUGCUGCUAUCACCGAGCAGCACGCUGCUGCCCCCACACUGCUCCUUACCCACCGCGCCCUCCCUUCUCCUCCCCUCCCCUUCCCUCCCCUUCUUUUUCCUCCCCUCCCCUCCCUCUUCCCGCCCUCUCCCUCCCUCCCCGACCUCCCCCUCCCUCCCCUUCUUCAAUCCCCCUCCUGCAGGCUGCCCGUUCCCGUCCCGUCGAGCCCCCGCAGCGACCACCGCGCAUGCUGCCCUCCCGCUGUUGUUUCCCCACCGCACGUGCUGCCCUCCCGCUGUUGUUUCCCCACCGCACGUGCUGCCCUCCCGCUGUUGUUUCCCCACCGCGCGUGCUGCCCUCCCGCUGUUGUUUCCCUGCCUCGCCUCGCCUGCCCUACCCCAUCGCUUCCUCCCUUUUGCGUCGCCCCCGGUAACCCCCGCGCCCGCGCGUGCUGCCCUCCCGCCUGUCCCCCCCCACGGCCUCGCUCCUGCGCAUGUGAGAGGGGACACGCCAUGCACGCCGUGCACUGGUCUCCAAGCCGCCCUUCCUCCCUCUGCCCCAAGCGUCCCCCCAACCCCAUUCCAGCUGCCAUGCGAAGGUCGCGUGCGCAGGGCAGUGUGCGCAGGGCAGUGUGCGCAGGGCAGUGUGCGCAGUGCCAACCACGCAGUGCUCGCCACUCUCUCCCAUUCCACUCCUUCCCUUGCCGUGCCUCCCUGCUCGCUCCCGUGCCAUGCUCUUCUCUCCCCCACGCUCCCCGCACAUGGCACCAGGUGGAGAUGGCACCAGGUGGAGAUGGCACCAGGUGGAGCAUGCGAUGGAGGCAGUGGAGCAGGGCAGUGCGGCACAGGCAAGACACGUGUGCCUCGCUGCUAUCCUUCCUCAUGCCCUCUCCCCCCCUCUGUCUGCCCCCCUCCUCCCCACCAGGUGGAGUAUGCAAUGGGGGCGGUGGAGUAUGCAAUGGAGGCAGUGAAGCAGGGCAGUGCGGCGGUGGGUCUGCGCAGCACCACACACGCGGUGCUCGCCACGCUCAAGCGAGCUGCGUCCCCCCUGGCGUCGUACCAGCGCAAGAUAUUCCGCGUGGACGACCACAUGGGCAUCGCCAUCGCUGGGCUCAAUGCCGACGGCCGCGUGCUCUGCCGCUUCAUGCGCUCCGAGUGCUUGUCUCACAAGUUUGUCUUCGAGUCGCCUCUCCCGGUGGGCCGCCUUGUCUCCAUGGUAGCAGACAAAUCUCAGGUGUGCACGCAGCGCUCGUGGCGCCGCCCGUACGGCGUGGGGCUGCUGGUGGCCGGCUUCGACCAGACCGGCCCGCACAUUUUUCAGACCUGCCCGUCGGGCAACUUCUGGGAAUUCCACGCCAUGGCAAUCGGAGCGCGUUCGCAGGCCGCCAAGACGUACCUGGAGCGCAAGUAUGAGUCGUUCGGGGCGUGUUCGCUGGACGAGUUGGUGCGACACGCGCUGCUUGCUGUGAAGGAGUCGCUGCAGGAGGGGGAGCUGAGUGGAGCCAACUGCAGUGUCUCUAUUGUGGGGGAGGGGCAAGCGUUUGGCAUUCUGACAGAUGCGCAGGUGCAGGAGCAUAUAGAUAGGAUGGAGAAUGAGGAGGGUGGGCAGGGAGGGGCAGCAAAGGAGGAAGUAGAGGUUGUGGAGGAGGUAGAGGUGGAGGAUGUGGAGGAGGAGAAGGCAGCGGAGGGGGAAGGAGAGGAGGGUGGUACCGGGGAGGGGUCUGAGGGUCCUGCUCCUAUGGAGGCUUGA